CGCGGUAGCGGGCAGCGGAGGCCGAGCGCGGCGGCGCCCGAAGCGCAACCGGCAGGCAAAGCAAGGCGGCCGCGGCCCGGCGGGCACCGGCAGGCGAGAGCCGGCGCGGGCAGCAGGCGGCAGCGACAGCUUGUUGGCGGCGGCGAGGAUGCGGACCGGGAGGCUGUGCUGGGUGCCGCUCCUGCUGGCGCUGGGCGUGGGGAGCGGCAGCAUCGGCGGCGGCGGCGGGGGCAGCCGGCGGCGCCGCCUCCUCGCGGCUAAAGUCAACAAGCACAAACCAUGGAUUGAGACUUCAUAUCACGGAGUCAUAACUGAGAAUAAUGACACAGUCAUUUUGGACCCACCACUUGUCGCCCUGGAUAAAGACGCACCAGUUCCUUUUGCAGGGGAAAUUUGUGCCUUCAAGAUCCAUGGCCAGGAGCUGCCCUUCGAGGCCGUGGUGCUCAACAAGACGUCAGGAGAGGGCCGGCUGCGUGCCAAGAGCCCCAUCGACUGCGAGCUGCAGAAAGAGUACACGUUCAUCAUCCAGGCCUAUGACUGUGGUGCUGGGCCCCGGGAGAUGGCCUGGAAGAAGUCGCACAAGGCUGUGGUCCACAUCCAGGUGAAGGACAUCAAUGAGUUUGCUCCCACCUUCAAAGAGCCAGCCUACAGGGCAGUUGUGACGGAGGGGAAGAUCUACGACAGCAUCCUGCAGGUGGAGGCCGUCGACGAGGACUGCUCCCCCCAGUAUAGCCAGAUUUGCAACUAUGAAAUCGUCACAACUGAUGUGCCAUUUGCCAUUGACAGAAAUGGCAACAUCAGAAAUACCGAGAAGCUGAGCUACGACAAGCAACACCAGUAUGAGAUCCUGGUGACCGCCUACGACUGUGGACAGAAGCCCGCUGCUCAGGACACACUGGUGCAGGUGGACGUGAAGCCAGUUUGCAAACCUGGCUGGCAAGACUGGACCAAGAGGAUUGAGUACCAGCCCGGCUCAGGGAGCGUGCCACUUUUCCCCAGCAUCCACCUGGAGACUUGCGACGGGGCCGUGUCCUCCAUCCAGAUCACCACGGAGCUGCAGACCAAUUACAUCGGGAAGGGCUGUGACCGGGAGACCUACUCUGAGAGAUCCCUUCAGAAAUUAUGUGGAGCCUCAUCUGGCAUCAUCGACCUCUUGCCGUCCCCCAGCACUGCCACAAACUGGACAGCAGGACUGCUAGUGGACAGCAGCGAGAUGAUCUUCAAGUUUGAUGGCAGACAAGGGGCCAAGAUCCCUGACGGGAUUGUGCCCAAGAACCUGACAGACCAGUUCACCAUCACCAUGUGGAUGAAACACGGCCCCAGCCCUGGUGUGAGAGCCGAGAAGGAAACCAUCCUCUGCAACUCAGAUAAGACUGAAAUGAACCGGCAUCACUACGCCCUAUAUGUGCACAACUGCCGCCUCGUCUUCCUCCUGCGCAAGGACUUCGACCAGGCUGACACCUUCCGCCCGGCAGAGUUCCACUGGAAGCUGGACCAGAUAUGUGAUAAAGAAUGGCAUUACUACGUCAUCAAUGUGGAGUUUCCCAUAGUUACCUUGUACAUGGAUGGAGCAACAUAUGAACCCUAUCUGGUGACCAACGAUUGGCCCAUUCAUCCAUCUCACAUAGCCAUGCAACUUACAGUCGGCGCUUGUUGGCAAGGAGGAGAAGUCACCAAACCGCGGUUUGCUCAAUUCUUUCAUGGGAGCCUGGCCAGUCUCACUAUCCGCCCUGGCAAAAUGGAGAGUCAGAAGGUGAUCUCCUGCCUACAGGCCUGCAAGGAAGGACUGGAUAUUAAUUCCCUGGAAAGCCUCGGCCAAGGAAUAAAGUACCACUUCAACCCCUCGCAGUCCGUCCUGGUGAUGGAAGGUGACGACAUUGGGAACAUCAAUCGUGCCCUCCAGAAGGUGUCCUACAUCAACUCCAGGCAGUUCCCGACGGCGGGUGUGCGGCGUCUGAGAGUCUCCUCCAAAGUCCAGUGCUUUGGAGAAGAUGUGUGCAUCAGUGUCCCUGACGUGGAUGCCUUUGUGAUGGUGCUGCAGGCCAUUGAGCCCCAGAUCAGCCUCCGGGGCACAGACCGCCUCUGGAGACCUGCCGCCCAGUUUGAAAGUGCCCGAGGGGUGACCCUCUUCCCCGACCUCAAGAUCGUGAGCACCUUCGCCAAAGCCGAAGCCCUGGGUGACCUGAGGCCCACAGCCCCCAAAUCAGCAGUCUUAGAAGAAAUGCUUCACAACUUAGAUUUCUGUGACAUUUUGGUGCUUGGAGGGGACCUGGACCCAAGACAGGAGUGCUUGGAACUCAACCACAGUGAGCUCCAUCAGCGACACCUGGAUGCCACCAAUUCCACAGCAGGCUACUCUAUCUAUGGUGUGGGCUCCAUGAGUCGCUAUGAGCAGGUGUUGCAUCACAUCCGCUACCGCAACUGGCAUCCAAGUUCCCUUGAGUCCCGGCAGUUCAGAGUCAAGUGCUCAGAACUCAAUGGACGUUAUGCUAGCAAUGAGUUCAACCUGGAGGUCAGUGUCCUUCAUGAGGCCAGAGUCUCAGACAAGGAGCACGUCAACCACCUUAUUGUGCAGCCUCCCUUCCUGCAGUCUGUCCACCACCCUGAGUCCCAAAACAGCAUCCAGCGAAGUUCAGUGGUCCCAAGCAUCGCCACAGUGGUCAUCAUCAUUUCUGUGUGCAUGCUGGUGUUUGUCGUGGCCAUGGGCGUGUACCGGGUCCGGAUCGCCCACCAGCACUUCACCCAGGAGACGGAGGCUGCCAAGGAAGCGGAGAUGGACUGGGACGACUCUGCGCUCACAAUCACAGUCAACCCCAUGGAGAAACAUGAAGAACGAGGGCGUGGAGAAGAGACUGAGGAGGAGGAGGAGGAAGAAGUAGAGGAAGACGUGAGCUCCAGCAGCAGUGAGUCAGAGGACAGCGAAGACGAAGAGGAGGAGGAAGGGAUGGGCAAGGGCAGACAUGGGCAGAGCGGAGCCAGGCACACCCCGCUGGAGUGGGAUGACUCAGCCCUGCCCUACUAGCGUCCUGCUGCCUACGCCCACCCACAGGUCUCUUUUGUAAGCCCCACCCGAUGUAUGCCCAAGUCUAUCACAUGUCGCCUCUGAUUCCUAUGACAGGUCUGGGCAGGCCUCCCCAGCGUCCUGGAAGCCACCUGUUAGGCCUUGGGCACUCCCUGGGUCCCAGCGCGGCAAAGGAUCCAAGACUCCCAGGGUUGUCAUUAGUGGGGACUACCAGCGGGACUUUGUCCUGUAGUCCCCCACGUCUGCCCUGGCCUCAGCCAGCAUCCUGUCAGCCAGGCUGCAGAGUUCUGCCUGUGCUCUUCUCUGCAGGGGAGAAAGUCAGCCUUUAUGUCGCUCCCCUCCCCCGGACUCCCUGUGCCCAGGACCCUUGGGUUCCAGCUCGCUGUGUGUACACCUGCCCCUGUCUCCUCUUCCACAUAGACCAGCAGGUUCUCCUUACCUGACUCUUCAGGAUGGCUUCACACAGGCAAGAUGGUCAGAUAACACACAUAAGAGGUCUCCGUUCUUACAGGAAAGUCCUUGUUGAGGCAGAAUUAAUGUAUAGGGAAAGGGUCAUGCACAUGCAUGCACCCAUUCACUCUCCCUAGUUUGGAGAGCCUUUCCCUUUGUCCUUUCUGAGGUCAUGUAAGCUUAGAUGAAAAGUCCAAAACGAAGAAGAGGUCCUUGGCCACAGCAGGGACCGGUCCCCAGCCAGAGUGCUCUGGCAGCCUGCCUUGGAUGCCCUGCUGGGCACUGCCCCCACACAGUAUCACAGGAACCAGGAAGCACUCCACAGAGGCACUGCCCCAAGCGACAGCAUGACAAGCAUGCACCCAGGGACCAGAAGGAAGGGCUGAUAUGAGGAGCCGCUGAGCAUCAUGGUGGGCACAGAACUGGGGGACGGGGUGGUGGGGUUGCCCCACCCAGAAGGCAGCCAGAGGUUGACAAGGCUCUCAGCAUCUAGCCUUAGGGUCCCUUGUCACCUGUUUUCAUGCUGUUUUGCCUCCUGAGAAAAUGCAUCCCUCUCAGAUAUAUCUGGACUGUCAUCAACUGCGCCGAAUCUAAAAUGAAAGUUUGGAGAUUUGAAUGCUAGGAAUUAGGAGCGUAUCUGUGAUAGUAACGGCUGCUUCUUUAUUCUUCUCAUAAAAGGAGCAACACUUUGGGUGAAGGGCAAAUAUAUCCGAAAACCUAAUUUCUUUCUUUCUUGUUUUAAUAAGAAAAUCUUUUCCACCUCCAUCCUAACAUGGACACGUCAAGAGGAGAACUGUUGCUAUAGUAACUUGUCUGUGCUCUUUUGUGACCAGGAGAAUGGCAGGCAAAAACAGGGCCAUUCUAAGACUUUUGUAAGGCUCUGAGAGUGUCUGUUUUGAAUGUCUCUGGCUUUGUCCUCAGUCUGUACAAUCUGCCCCUGUCCAGCCCAGCCCCUACUUGCAGAGGCACAGAGCCUGGCCCCUAGGUAGAGCGGCAUUCAGGUUCAAAAGAAAGUUGAGAAUUCAACUAUUCCCCCAUGUCACUGAAACAGAGCUUAAGAGGGUCCAUCAUCAGUGUCCUCUAGUUUGACCUCCAUCCAUGACCAGCCCCUGCAACCUUCUGAUUCAAGCAAACUACCUGAUGCAGUUUUUUCCACCACUGAAAGUGGUUUUUGCAUAUCUGUUCCCUCCUUUCAGCCUCACCACAAUUCCACUGGGGAGUUGGGACAACUACUGUCAGGCAUUUUUUGGGGUUUAGAGCUUUAGCACCUUGCUCAGAGCCAUUCAGAGUUAGAGACAAGACCAGUCUUGGUCCAGUGUCCACCACCCCGCUUCUACGUAUACUCCUAUUUAUACAGCUCACAGGCAUUGCUGAGGACCUACUAUGUGCUAAGCACUCAACCAGCAGCCCUAUGAAAUGCUAAAGCUGAGUAAGAUGAGCACCUCCCCUCCAAGGAGAUAAUCAUUGCAGAGGGGGAACCAACAGCCAUAGAAAUUAAAUGAAACACACAGAGCAGGGAGAGAAGUCAUAGGAGGAAGAGGCACACAAUCACAAAAUCAGUGCUCUUAUUUUUCCCUUCUCAGGGAAAAAUGCAGGCAGAAGUUUGGGAUUUUAUAUUCAUUGACUGGAAAUAGACACUUCAGUGAGUUCUCCCAACCAAAACACCCUUUUUCUAUCAGGCUGUGUCUGCACAUCUACAAUGAGAAAAUCUCUAACACUGCUUAGUCCCCAUCAUUCCCGUCAUUAAAUAAAAAAAGAUUCUCCAGUUGGGCACUUAGGAGGUAACAAAAUUCUCCCAAAAUUAUGGCAGUAAAAGCAAAAUUUAUGGUUUAAAACCAAUUUUUUGUUAUUAGAAGAAUUUUUUUAAUGUUUCGAGUUUUUAAAUUCUCUAAACAUAGAGUAUAAUAUUAGUUUCGGGAGUAGAAUUCAGUGAUUCAUCACUUACAUAUGAUACCCACUGCUCAUCACAACCAAUUCUUUUUCAACUGAAUUUCUAUUUAAAAUAUUCUAAGUCUGAUUUUCAUGAGAGCACCUUGCAGAGUCCUUUUGAUUUGGUUGUGGGUGGGAAGGGUUUCUUCAUGCCCUCUGGCUGUCUCCAAUGGUUGCAUCACUUACUCAUGGUUGAGCGGGUUAUUUGGAGCAUAAUUUGGGGAGGGUAUUGGGAGAUCAGAUGAAAGUGGCACUUGGCUAAGGACACAGGGGUUGAAUCGUUUAUGACUAGAUUGAUGUAGAGAAACAACAGGAACAAGAAGUCCGGACCCUCUCCAUCAACUCCUGUUGUGCAAAGUCAGACUGCACGUCAGCUCCAAAGAUGAGGCAUAAUAAUACUGCUGGGUCAGUGGGCAUUUAUCAUGUCCCCAGUGCCCUACUCAACCAGAAGGAGUGAUUAUAUAAAAGUAGCAGAAGCUUCAGGGACUAUUCAGGUGAGUGGUGAGUAAAGUAACUUGCCCUCCACCAGUUAUUCUAAUAACUAGCGAAAAAUGUCAUUAAUCAGCCAAGCCUUUUCCAGGCUCCAUAUGCUGGUGUCCAGGAACCAGAACUCCCAGAUGGCCCAGACACCAUGCAGCCUCUCAUCCAGACAUCAGAAGCAGCAGAUGCAUGCUUAUACCCUGGAGGAACAGGUGACCAGGUUGGCCACAGGCCAGACCAUUGCUUAUCUUGCCAAGAGGAUGACCAUAUUCUGCUCUCUGGAGCUGGAAAAUA